AUGGAGUUGGAGGAUGCUGAGGUGAUGGAAGACCAAGUUUCUGAAGAGAAAAUGCUGUCUGAGGACCAAGACUUUGGUGAUGGAACAGACUACAGAACUGUAAUAAAGAAAAAUUGUGUUGCAUGGGAUAAGAACUCUUUGUCUGGAGAAUCUGCAACUUUAUAUCAGGGAAUUAUUCAGAAAGAACAAAAGCUGUUGGAGAAUGUAUCUGAUAUGGAUAUCAACACUUACAAGAUGCGACAAACAGUCAUCCUUUAUGGAGCUGCUGGAGUUGGAAAGACAACACUGUUGAGAAAGGCAAUGUUAGAAUGGGCAGAUGGCAAUCUCUUCAAGAAGUUUGCCUAUGUUUUUUAUCUCAGUGGGAGAGAAAUUAGUCAAAUGAAGGAGAAAAGCUUUGCUCAGUUAAUAUUCAAGAACUGGCCUAGUUCUGAAGUCCCCACUGAACAGAUCCUGUCCGAGUCCAGAAAUCUCCUUUUUCUGAUUGAUAGUUUUGAUGAGCUGGACUUCUCAUUUGAAGAGCCAGAGUUUGCACUAUGUAAUGACUGGACCCAGGAGCACCCAGUGUCCUUUCUUAUUAGUAGUUUGCUGAGGGAAGUGAUGUUUCCUCAAUCAUUCUUGUUAGUAACAGCAAGAUCCACAGCAUGGAAGAAACUGACGCCCUUGUUACAUAAACCUCAUUGCGUAGAGCUGCCGGGGCUGACUGAGAAUGCACGGAUGGACAUUCAGCAUUUCUUUCUGAACGAUAAGAAAUGGGCUAAGGGUGCGAUCUCAAUAAGGAAGAAUCCACGACUUUUCAACAUGUGCCGUGUCUGCCAAGUGUGCUGGGUGGUCUGUACUUGUCUGAAGCAGCAAGUGGAGAAAGGUGGCAAUAUUGCAAUGACCUGCCAAACCACCACAGCUCUGUUCACAUGCUAUGUCUGCAGCUUAUUUUCACGAACAGAUGGGAGCUCUGUUACUCUGCCCAAUGAAACCCUACUGAGGAGCCUGUGCCAGGCAGCUGCUGAAGGUAUUUGGACUAUGAAGCAUAUACUCUACAAGAGAAAUCUCAGAAAACAUGAGUUGACCAGAGAUGACAUCUCAGUCUUCUUGAAUGCGAAGGGUCUUCAGGAGGACACCGAGUAUGAGAACUGCUAUGUGUUCACUCACCUCCAAGUUCAGUUUUUUGGAGCUUUGUUUUACUUGCUAAGAGUAUCCAAAGAAAAAGAUUAUCCCCUCAAACCUUUUGAAAGCAUGUAUCUGUUACUUGAAAGCAACCAUUCUGAGGACCCUCAUUUAGAACAGAUGAAAUGCUUUUUGUUCAGUCUACUGAAUAAAGAGCUAGUACGCCAACUGGAGGAAGCGUUCAACGUUACAAUAUCCAUGGACAUAAAAGGGGACUUACUUAUGUGUCUGGAAUCAUUGGGAAAGGAUGACUCCUGUCCAUCCCAACUGAGACUUCUGGAUUUGUUUCAGUGUCUGUACGAGACUCAAGAUAAUGACUUCAUAACUCAGGCACUGAGCUCUUUCCCAAAGAUUGCUGUGCAGUUUGAAGAAGAAAGCCAGUUGCUUAUAUAUUCAUUCUGCCUUAAGCACUGCUGCUCUCUAGAAACUGUUAAACUGACUAUAAUGGCAGAGUUAAGAGAUAUAUUGGACUUAGACCCACAGAGCCUCAAGGAUAAUGUUGCUCAAAUCACUCACUACUGGCAAGAUCUGUUUUCUGUGCUGCAUACAAAUGAAUCGCUAAGAGAAAUGGAUCUAUAUGAAAGCAUCCUUGAUAAAGUAUUGAUGAUAAUUAUAAAUGAAGAAUUAAGUCACCCGAAUUGCAAACUGCAAAAACUACAGUUUGGAUCGGUCUGCUUUCUGAAUAGCUGUCAGGAUUUUAGUUUUUUGGCUGCCUGCCAUACCCUGACACAUCUCGACCUGAAACACACUGACUUAGAAGACAAUGGGUUAAGGAGCUUAUGCACAGCCUUGAAAUGCCAACAAUGUAAAUUAUGGGUGCUGAGGUUGGAAGACUGUGACGUGAUUGUGAACCGCUGUCUACAACUAUCGGAGGCUCUGGAAAGGAACAGUAGCCUGGUAUUUCUCAACCUGUUCGCCAACAAUCUGAUGAACUAUGGAGUGAAGUCGCUCUGCAAGAUCUUUGGAAAUCCCAACUGUUGCCUAGAGAGACUCUUAGCAAACACUGGCUUCACAAAAGAUGUUUGUGGCAUUCUUUCCUUUGGUCUCACUGAAAGCAGGAGGCUGACACAUUUGUGCUUGGCAGACAACCUCUUGGGAGAUGAAGGGAUAGAACUUAUCAGCGAUGCCUUGAAACAUCCACAGUGUGCUCUCCAGAGCCUUAGCUUGCGGUGUUGCCUUUUCACUCCGGUUGGUAGUGAUUUCCUCUCCACUGCUCUGCUGAACAACAGGAAUUUGGUACACCUGGACCUGGGAGCAAACAGGCUUGAGGACAGUGGGAUAAAGCUUCUGUGUCACGUCCUUCAGCAGCCAACCUGCACUCUUGAAGAGCUGGAGUAG